AUGCGGUCCAAUACAAAGACCAUCUUCUAUCGCUCGCGCUCUGCAGGACAAGUCCGAAGGACCACAUGCAGGUCGAGGCAUUUGGAACAUGCUCGUCAAAAGUCAGCAAAGUCGCCUCUUCUCCGGCUACCACAUGAGCUUCGCAGCGCCAUCUGGGAGCUAGCCUUGACGCCCGAAAGCGAGAAGGUCUGCGAAUUCGUCAAAGUCAAGCCGCCUGCUGUUGCUCUGGUCUGUCGGCAAAUGUUCCAUGAAGCCAUCCCCAUCUUUUUUGCCACCAGAACAUGGUCUUUCGAUGUAGCCGCCGAGCUGUGUCCCAGCAAGCACGAUCCGCUUGCUUUUGACCUUUUUGACCCCUCCGUACCAAUGCUCACUUUUACCAUGCUGCCGAACUUUCCAUUCACCUACGAAGAUGAUGCCUUCACUCCGUAUCCAGAGCCUGGCGCCAUGGAGAACACUCUACUCGAGCAUCGUGUCGGCAAACUGCCGGAAAUGAAUUCUCAAGAACGUCCAGAGGAAUCUUUCACGAGGCUCAAAUUGUCAUCUUUGCGCCAUUCCGUGAACGACUUGCAAGCCAGCGAAAUGCAAACCGUCUUCAGAUCUGGUGCAUGGACUGCUCCGGCCUUCUUCCAGAAGAACGAACCAAAGCAACCCCAGGACCCUCUCGCCUAUGAUCCGUUUCCCUUCUUGUCCGAACCAUGCUCUAAGUGCACAGACUUCCCGCUGGACAAAAUGCCCUGGGCGGUGUGGUCAUGGAUCCGCUAUGCCGAGCAUCUGAUACAACUCCGAAAUAUCAGGCUCAACGUACACCUGGAUAGGCAUGUCUACGGCCAUCACAAACGCUGGGAUGCGGGCGUGACCGUCAUUGGCGGCCCUGAACCGAAGACUGCCAAAUCGCGAUGCCGGGUCGACUGGUUAGCACAUUCUCACUACAAGAAAAAGAAGAAGCAGAGUUUGUCCAAUCUAAAGGAGAACCUGCUCAUGAAGGAAAUGCAAUAUCUUCUUACGGCAACGGUCACCUUGAUCGCACAGCGGCGUGACUUUCGCGGAUUCACCUUGGCCGAGAUCGAGAUUCUGUCAUCGGUGUUUCUCUUCGAGAAGUGGAAGUGCGAAAGCGACUCAUGCUAUCACUGCCAUGGGUUCGGAGAUCCAUUCUGGAACAUCGACCUGCCACCACCUCCACCUAUCCCGGUUGUGAACGCUGAUGACAGCGAUGACACACCUGCCGCUGGAGCUGACGAAAAUCACGAUGGUCCGGACGAGCAGCAGCAGACUGCAGUUGCAAGUGAAGAUGAAGAUGCAUAA